AUGUACAUUAAUGUCCAUAAAUGUAUUUUUGUCAUUAUUCACGUGCUUCUUGUCGGUGCGAGAAAAGAGAGACGAAAUGUCCUUUUCAUCAUUGCUGACGACCUAAGGACAUCUUUGGGAUGCUAUGGAGAUGUUACAGUAAAAUCACCAAACAUUGACCAACUGGCAUCCAAAAGCCAUGUUUUUCUAAAUGCGUUUGCACAGCAAGCAGUGUGUGCCCCAAGUCGAACAUCCAUGUUAACAAGUCGAAGACCAGAUACAACUAGGCUGUAUGAUUUUAAAUCCUACUGGAGAGUGCAUUCUGGAAACUACACCACUCUUCCACAGUACUUUAAAUCCCAAGGUUAUACAACAUUCUCUGUGGGAAAGGUUUUUCACCCAGGCAUCGCCUCAAACUACACCGAUGACUAUCCUUACAGCUGGUCCAUCCCUGCAUACCACCCUGCUUCAUUCAGAUUUGAGAAAGGAAAGAUGUGUAGAGGAGAGGAUGGUCAUCUCCAUGCCAACCUGCUGUGUGCAGUCAAUGUCACCGAGCAGCCUGGAGGAACACUCCCUGACAUGGAGAUAGCGGAUGAGGCGGUGAGACUACUGAAAACUCAAGCCACUGAUGGCAAUCCUUUUUUUCUGGCUGUGGGCUUUCACAAACCUCACAUUCCCUUCCGGAUACCACAGGAGUAUCUGCGGCUCUACCCAAUAGAGCAAAUGACUCUGGCACCUGAUCCAGAUGUUCCCAAACGCCUUCCCCCUGUAGCUUACAACCCUUGGGCAGACAUUAGAAAGCGAGAUGAUGUCCAAAAGCUCAACAUUAGCUUCCCUUAUGGACCAAUUCCUAAAGAUUUUCAACUUCGCAUCCGCCAGCACUAUUAUGCUGCAGUGUCCUACAUGGAUGCCCAGGUUGGGCGACUGCUCAGUGCUCUGGAUGCCCUGGGGCUGGCUCAGAGCACACUAGUGGUUUUCACCUCUGAUCAUGGCUGGUCGCUCGGCGAGCAUGGCGAAUGGGCGAAAUACUCCAACUUUGACGUGGCAACACAUGUUCCUCUUAUCUUCUAUGUCCCUGAAGCAUCUGCAUCUUAUAGUGGGUUUAAAAGACCUUCCUUUCCCUUUAUGGAUGUCUUUAGCCAACCAGAGUUCAUCUUUAAUAUUGAUAAUGUUGUACGAAAUGUAGUGGAGCUUGUAGCUGUUUUCCCAACCGUCUCCCACUUGGCUGGUCUAAAAAUACCUCCACCCUGUCCUGAGGUUUCUUUCCAGAAAGAGCUGUGUACAGAUGGAAAGAACUUGUCCCAAGAAUUCAACUCUCCCCUCAAAAUUAAUAUGGAGGCAGUGUCUUUCAGCCAAUACCCACGACCUGCUGACACACCACAGGAGGACUCAGACCUGCCUGACCUUAAAGACAUAAAGGUGAUGGGCUAUUCAUUGCGCACCUAUGACUACAGAUUCACUCUGUGGCUGGGCUUUGACCCUAAGACAUAUCAGGUCAACGUAUCUAAUGUCCAUGCUGGAGAGCUGUACAUGCUAUUAGAUGACCCCGGCGAGGACAACAACGUUUAUGAUGAUCUUGAGCGGCACAGCAUGAUGAAGAUGAUGAGCAGGAAAAUGAAGAGCGUGCCUCCUACUGGGAGUGUACAGACGAGGAUGAAGCUGCAGCUCCAUUACCUCACAGCAGGAAUGAAGAUGAGUGGAAGGACAAGGCAAUGA